CAACAAAACAUUCAGAAGCGAAUCGAAUCGAAUCGAAUCAAUCAACGAAAGAGAAGAGAAGCAAUGGGGAGAAAGAAGGGAUUGCCGGAGUUCGAAGAGACGGCGCCGGAUGGGUUCGAUCCGGCGAAUCCGUACAAGGAUCCGGUGGCGAUGGUGGAGAUGAGAGAGCACAUCGUGCGGGAGAAGUGGAUCCAAAUCGAGAAGGCGAAGAUCUUGAGGGAGAAGGUGAAAUGGUGUUACCGCGUGGAAGGCGUCAACCACUACCAGAAAUGCCGUCUUCUCGUCCAGCAGUAUCUCGACUCCACUCGCGGCGUCGGCUGGGGAAAAGACCACCGUCCCAUCUCCCUCCACGGUCCCAAGCCUGAGGCUGUUGAAGCUGAAUAAUAAUGCUUUGCGUCUGAUCAACCGGAGAGGUGAGUGACCGAGCUUUUAGCACAAGACAUGAAAGAUUCUUUGGACUGUGCAGAGUUGCUCUUGUUUUCUUUCUUUUUUUCUGUCUUUUGGAAACAUGGCAGUCUUUUGGACUGAAGAUUCAUGUAAUGUGUGUACGAGCUUGAGUAAUGUAUUGCUACACUCGACAUUAGUCUCUCGUUAUCAAAUAAGUCUCCUUUCCUC